GUGACUUCAGUUCUUAGGUUAUUGAAAUCAUUCAUCAGCAAAGAGGCGUGUUUUGUUCCCUUAACUCGAAUAACGAAAAUUACAAGCUUGAUAGAUUUGAGGCAUGUUGUGUUUAGUUAACUCGAAUGAGGAAAAUUACAAGCUUGAUAGAUUUGAACAUAACCGAAGUAGCUCCUCAUCCAUGUCAAAAACCUUCCAAGUGCCUUGCCCUGGUCAGAUUGCUCCCGAGUUUGCUAGGGACUCGUAUGAUUCAAUAUACUAUGCCAAGGUUGUGUAUCUUGAGGUCGAUCGAAGGUUAUCUGAACUCAAAAAGAUGAAAGUAUGUAGUGGGCUGAGCUACGAGAAGCUGUCAUUUGAGGCUUGUAGCCACCUUGCUCGUAAUAAAAAUUUCCCUUCAAAAUCUCCUGGACAAGCUCUCAUCACAUAGCAAGUGAAGCUCUAAAGCUUGCUUCAAAGAAACCAAACAAGUCAGCUCGAUUCUCCUUUUAAUUUCGUGGAGACAGAAAAUUCAAGAAACAAAGAACAGCAGAUCGUGUUAUACGCAGGAAAGUUGGAUCUUUCAAUUGAGAAUGAGAAGCUCAAAGAACAUUUACAAGGUAUGCAAUGGAGAGUGCUAGAAUUGGAAAAAGUUUGUAGGAAAAUACAAAAUCAAAUGGCAAAGAUCUUGAAAUCAAGAGUAUCAAGCCAUAAUAAUGCCAGAUCAUUACCU